AUGACUGGGUUGCUGGAUGAGCUACCCUCCCGCGUCGCCCUAUCCCUCUCCGCUAACCUUAAGCGCAAAUACGCACACUCCCUGGAAUGGAUCCACCUGCAGAAGGAGGCGGUAUGGGUGGGAGUCCACAGCGCCCGAGCCAACGCCAUGGCCAAGGAGCUCCUCUCCACCCACUGCCUGACUGGCUUGCCGGACUAUGACAAUAUCACGCCAGAGGUCAGAUUUGGAAGGAAUGGCGCUUCCAGGGUCGACUUCCUGCUUCAGCAUAGCAAGUCUAACACUCAGUGCCAUGUGGAAGUCAAGAGUGUGACCCUGGCUGCGACAAGCGAGGCCGGGGAUCGUCUCGCCCUGUUCCCAGACACGGUCAGCACCCGAGCCCAGCGCCACGUCAGCGAGCUGAUGGCCGUUGCCCGCGCCGGCGGGCAGGCCGCGCUGCUGUUCCUCGUCCAGCGCAGCGACUGCGUCGCCUUUGCCCCCUGCCACGAGUGCGACCCUGUGUAUGCGGAGGGUGUGGUGGCGGCCGCGGCAGCCGGCGUUCGCCUGCUCGCGGCCGCCGUGGCCUUCGACCCGGGCGCGGGGUGCGUGCGGUACUGCGGGCAGCUGCCGGUGCUACUGCAGUACCAGCUGCGCGACGGCCAGACCCUGCGGGCCCCUGCCGCUCUAAGCAGGCAGAAGCUGGCUGGGGCCGGCAAGAGGCCGAGGAAAGCCUGA